AUGAAUCAACCUGGAAAAGGAAUUAUAAAGAUAAAAUAAGCCAAGAAGAUUAACAGUAACUUGUAUAGAGAUUUAUUGGAUUAUUCAGAUUUAGAACUUAGAUAAAAUCCAAAUAAUGAAUUUAUUUUAAUUGCAAAAAGUUCAUAUAUUCAAUUAUUUCUAUAGGCUAUGCAUUAGAUGAAGAAAAGAAAUAUCAAUUAGCCAUUGAUGAAUGCGAAAAGCUGUUGAUAGAAUAAUCUUAAUAUCUCCAUGCAUUGUAUAGAAAAAGUACUCACUUAUUUUUUAAAUAGGUUUUUCGUUAUAAAAUUUGAAUGAACAUUCACAAGCGAUUUAAUGCAUUGAUAAAGCUUUAAAUUAUGAUUCGAAUUAUAUUGUUGGAUAUAGCACAAAGGGUAAUUUAUUAGUUUAUGAUUGCAAUAGGUUAUUCAUUAGAUGAUCUUGGAAAAUAUAAUGAAGCCAUAGUUUAAUAUGAUAAGGCAAUCGAAUUAGAUCCUAAUAAUACAAAUGCUUAUAAUAAUAAGGGUUAAUAAUUAUGUUAUUGUAUUAGGUCGUUCAUUACUUAAUCUUCAAAAAUAUAAUGAAGCAAUAAUUUGUUUUGAUAAGGCAAUCGAACUGGAUCCUGAUUGUGAAAUUGCUUAUAAUAAUAAGGGUUAAUAAUUAUUUUAUUGUAAUAGGGUAUUCAUUAAGUAUUCUUGAAAUAUAUAAUGAAGCAAUAGUUCAAUAUGACAAGGCAAUCGAACUGGAUCCUAAUGAUGCAAUCACUUAUAAUAAUAAGGGUUAAUAAUUAUGUUAUUGUAAUAGGUCGUUCAUUACAUAAUCUUCAAAAAUAUAAUGAAGCUAUAGUUUGUUAUGAUAAGGCGAUCAAACUGGAUCCUAAUGAUGCAAAUGCUUAUGAUAAUAAGGGUUAAUAAUUAUGUUAUUGUAAUAGGUCGUUCAUUACGUAAUCUUCAAAAAUAUAAUGAAGCAAUAGUUUGUUAUGAUAAGGCUAUCGAACUAAAUCCUAAUUAUGGGAUUGCUUAUAAUAAUAAGGGUUAAUAAUUAUGUUAUUGGAAUAGGUCGUUCAUUACAUAAUCUUCAAAAAUAUAAUGAAGCAAUAGUUUGUUAUGAUAAGGCGAUCAAACUGGAUCCUAAUGAUGCAAAUGCUUAUGAUAAUAAGGGUUAAUAAUUAUGUUAUUGUAAUAGGUCGUUCAUUACAUAAUCUUCAAAAAUAUAAUGAAGCUAUAGAUUGUUAUGAUAAGGUUAUCGAACUGGAUCCUAAUAAUGCAAUUGCUUAUAAUAAUAAGGGUUAAUAAUUAUGUUAUUGUAAUAGGUCGUUCAUUACGUAAUCUUCAAAAAUAUAAUGAAUUUGUUUAUCAUUAAUAUCAAAAUUAGAAUUUGUAAUCGCUUCAUUAAUUAUUUCAUCAUAUUCGAUAUCGGUGGGUAGCUAAUUAUUAUUAAAAAUAUAUCUGGUUAAUUCUGAUUCUGUUUUAUAAAAUUAUUAUUAUGACACAUUAUUGUUAUUUUAGGGGGUUGUUAAUUAUUUUAAAUUUUAUUGGAAUCUGA